AUGAGUUUCGCUAGGAUCUACAUCGCCGCAUUCCUAUUGAUGCUGCACGGGCUCUGCAAUGCGGAGACUAGCGGAAGCAGAGAGAUCAAGGUGAACGACUCGGGCAGCGUCGAGCGUCCUAUUGCCGACGACGCUACCGAUGCUCCAGACGCCGAGAGGGACGCCGAGGAUAUGCUACCGAUUCUGCCGCCGAUAAUACUUCUGGACUUUGAUAACGGCACGAUCGAGAGUAACGCGACCGACGAGAAGUCGAAGCGCACCGUGAACAACGGCCUCGGUUACGGCUUCGACCGGAAUUCCUUGCACGCCCCGCGAAAGUACAACUAUUACUUUCCCGCGGGAAAGACCGGCACCACCGUGAGCAUAGAGGAGUCCAUCAGCCCGUUUCUUCCGAGGACGAUAAUUGAAAAGGUGCCGCCGAGCAAUCAGAAGCCGUUCUCACUCGCAGAUUUCGGACAGCAGGCGGCCCGCGGCUCCGCGGAAUCGAGCUAUCGGUAUUACAAUCCCACGACAAAGACACCGCCGGUGUUCGGGCUGCGAACGAAGCUGACGAAGACGUCCGAUUCCGAGCUUUAUCAAGGGUUCACGCCGAUCGCGAGACCCGCCGGCGACGCGUACUCGAACGUGGACUACCAGGACGGCGCGUACACGUCCACGACGCCGCAAUCAUUGGUGUUCGGUCCCGAGGACGCGGCAGCGGGGGGGUCGGAUUACGCCACCCCGAGUCCACAGAGUUACACGGCCUCCAGUUCAAGUCGAUACACCUACGUCACUCCGAGUUCGCCGCCAUACGUUCAAAGAUACCAGGGGCAGAGUUCGCAGCACACGAUAAACGUGCAUCAUGUGCAGAAUUAUUCCAGAUCGAAGCCAGGCGCAGCGAAAUCCUCGACGCCUAGUCCCCCUGAGGCAGCCGCUUUCCUGGAACAGACGAAUCCUCAUGACUACGCUCGACCGGAAUCCUCAACUCCCGGUUCGGACGACGCAUCCGGCUAUCCGGAGAAUCCCUUCCCCAAUCUGCCCCGAUACACGGUGGAGAAUGGUAUCAAAUACGAGAACAAGAUAUUUUGGAAGUAUCCAGACGGCAGAGUGUCCGACAUGCCGCCUAGGACGUACGAGACUUACUCCGAGUACCCGUCGCUGGCCGCGUUACAGGCCGCCGCCAAGGGUCAGGACGCGUCGCAGAUCUACGAAUCCGCCACGGAGAGCAGCAUGAUGUCGCAGGGCCCGGUGCAGUUCCCGCUGGCGCCGGAAUCCACCGGUUCGCGCACCCCGUUCAUCUCGGCCAAUUCCCUGUCCCGUCUGCAGCAGCAGCAGCAAUCGUUUCGACUGGGCUAUCAGAACUACAUCGGUCAGAAGCAGGCGGUUUCGCAGCAGCUCAAAGCUGGUAGCGGAGUCUCGCCCACGUAUGUCUCUUCGACGACUCUGUCGCCCAGGAACUCUCUCAAGCCAACCGGGAAGCAUCAGAAGAAUCGAUACGAGGCGCUAAGACAGCCGAUCUCGAAGUACAUGGUGAACAGUCCAAAUCCGGAAUACAUUGACGGCGUGGAGAGGAAUGCGAAAUCCACCAGACUCUUCGCUUCAUCAGGUGACCAAAAUUCGGCCAAGAAGACCAGCGCGGCUGGCGGCAAAAAUCUGGACGGCUACUCGAAUCUGCAGUACUCGGAUUUGUUGAACUACAACCCGUCUAUCUCGCAGUACAUCAAGAAUCCCUCGUCCAUCCUCAACGUGCGGCCGACCUUCGUGCAAGCCGGGAACUCCCUGAUACCCGUGAUCAUCCUACGAGUGGACGGGGUGCCGCCCAUCCAACCCAAGCCCUCGCCGAACGUGAACUUGAAAGCCCUGCUGCAGCAAUAUCUCGUUCAAUACGCCAGAAGUAUCGAGGAAUUGGCGCGACAGACCAAUUACGAUCUCGGCGACAGUCAGCCCCCGAAGGAUCAGAGUUCGUUCUCCACCAGUCUGCGCGAACUGGCGCGAUUGACAUCGAACGGUGGCGCUCGAGAUUUGAUCGGCAAUCCCACAGAAUCCUAUGUCGGCCAAUCGAGUUACGAGACGAGCAAUCUGGACCUCGAGAAAGAUCUCCCAAGUGGAAAAUAUGGCGAGCGUACGGCGGCCCGGCCGAAAGUAAAGAGCGUGCAGAUCAUAGAGGAGGAUCCAAGGCUUGCGAAUCAUAGGCUUUAG